AUGCGACGCGACGCGGUGCCGCCACCCACCGCCCCCUCAGCCUCCUCCUCCUCGUCAUCCCUCUUCAGCGGCGGCGAGCAGCUUUUCGAGUCCGGGCCCAGCACACUCGUCUUUCUGCCCCUACUCCUGAUCCAGGGCGGCGGCAUGGACCUCUCCCGCGUCGGCGAGAAACUCCUCAGCUCUGUCCGCUCGGUCGCUCCCUCGGCCUCCUCCCACCGACCCCCGCCGCGCCCCUUCCCGUUCCAGAACGAGCUGCGGCGGCAGCAGCUGCUGCACGGGGCGAUCGCUGGGUUGCCACCUCACGAGAGGAUCAACCUGCCAUCCAAUUCAGAGGAUUUGGUCUCCAUCUAUGGGAGAAACCCCAGGGCUAGGCCGUGGGGGAGCUCGAGGAGGUGUUCUAUGAGGAGGAGGACAACUGGUCCAGCACGCCGCUCAUCCAAGGGCAACUGGACUGUAGAAGAGGUUGCUAUUUAUGCGGAGUUCAGAAGGGAUUGGCCAGAAGCAUUGAAGUUCUAUGAGGAAGGUGUUCGUGUUUUGCGUGAGAUUAUUGGAACUUCGACAAGGUUGCCUCCAACCCAACGCAUGGUUGAGAUAAAAGCAGUUGCCGAGCAAUUUCACUUUAAGAUAUCAACCUUGCUACUUCAUGCCGGGAAAGUGGUAGAAGCAAUCACAUGGUUCCGUAAGCAUAUCAAAAGCUAUGAACGGGUUGUUGGAACACUAGAAGUUGCUUUUCUUCACUGGGAAUGGUUUAGCAGGCAGUUCCUUGUCUUUGGUGAGCUGAUAGAAACAACAUCCACAACUAUUCCAGAUACACUAUCUCCUCGAUUUGGCACUGCAGACAACACAUUGACUGAGUGGGAAUUUCAGCCAGCAUACUACUAUCACUUAGCGGCAACUUACUUGAGGGAGAAGAGGUAUGCCAUCGAAUGCUCGUCAUCAAUGGCUAACCUUACAACAGAAGUUAAUGGAGUACCUGAGUCAGUAAUGCCUUCUGUAUAUGUUGGCCAAUAUGUGCGCUUGUUUGAGCAAGGAGAUACAGUUAGUCUACUACCCCUUUCUAAUACUGAAUACACCAGCUAUGCUUUGUUAGAAGCUGAAAGGUUUCAAGAUUCUUAUGAGAUAAUAGCAUUGUUCAGAAAAGCUUAUGAAUCAUUUCAGAGCCUAGGUGCUACAAGAAUGGCUUCUGCCUGUAGCAGUGGAAUGGCCAUAGAAUAUUACACAGUUGGUGAUUUUAGCAACGCAAAACAGCUUUUUGAUAGUGUUGCUGGUCUAUACCAUCAAGAGGGUUGGACCAGUUUGCUCUGGGAGAACCUAGGAUACUUGAGAGAGUGCUCAAUGAAACUUAAUUCUCCCAAGGAUUUUAUCAGCUAUUCCCUAGAGAUGGCUGCAUUACCAUUAUUUUCUGGUAGUGGAGAGGAAAAUCGAGAAAACAAAAUUAAGAGUGGGCCUGCAGGUUCCCCUACCAUUUCUAGGAGAGAGAAUAUACAGCAGGAAGUUAUUAAUGUUUUGGAAAGAAAACAGUCAUCAGAAGGAACAUAUGAUGGAUUUAAUAAUGAGAUAGAAGAAGUUACUCACCUUGAUAUUGAUCAGAUAAGUCUGCUAAGAAUGGUGCUUACUGCAUCUGUUGCUUUUCAUGAUCAAUAUGUAAAACCUGGUUCACCUCUGCUUGUCAGCGUGUCACUCUUAUCUCAUCUUCCUUCUCCAGUUGUGGUUGAUCAGUUGGAGGUUCAGUUCAAUCAAUCUGACUGUAACUUUGUGAUGCAUAGUGCACAGGAAGACUCACUCCCUUCAUAUUCAAAUUUGCAUGGCCAAGUUAUUCAAGAUACUUCUUCUCUUACUUUACAGGAUCAUUAUGGAAUUGAAUUAAUUUGUUUUACCCUGAGCAUUAAUCUUAGGAGUUGCUGGCCUGACAAUGUGAUCUCUGUGACUUUAGGUGCUCUUUCUUCAGACAAAUUAUUACAUACUAUUUUUACUGCUUAA